AUGUCUCGGGUCGGGGACUUCUUCCGGAGCUUGUCGCCGAUCAGGGACCCAGACAGCCGCAACCAGGAUGUGCCAAUUCUGAAAAUGCCAGAACGCUUCGACGUAGGCGAGCCGAACCGCAUCGAACCGGGGCCCCUGCAGCCUGGGCGGCAGCCGGGGCGCCCGCAGGACCUCCUGUUCCGGAGCGAGGGGACGCAGCGGGGGCGGAGGCUCCAGCACGACCGGCCGCCGCUGGAGCGCCGGCGGAACGAGGCGCGCGGCCAGCAGCCCCAGUGGGCCAUGGGCGCAGGCGCGGUCGGAGAUCUGCACGUCUUCCCGAGGAGGGUGGAGUGCAGGCACUGUCAGACCGGGCUGGACCCGCGGGAGGAGGCAUACGGCACGGAGCUGUGCAACAGCUGCUACGACAAGUCGAACAAGAAUUGCCAGAUCUGCAAUCGUUGGUUGCCCCUGAAGGCGCUGCACUGGAACUCGGGCCUGUGCUAUGGCUGUUACGGGAAAGCCGAGAAGAGCUGCAAGCUCUGCCAUUCGAGCCUCGAGGACUUCCAGCUGCGCUGGAAGACGGGCGUGUGCGACAGGUGCUACGACGGCGUGUCGAAGAGUUGCCACUUCUGCCAGGCACCCCUCACCCGGGAUCAGCGGAGGUGGGGCACAGGCAUGUGCGAUACGUGCUACGACACGUGCGAGAAGACCUGCAAGAGCUGCAGCGCGUACAUUCCGGCGGGGGCGCUCCGCCACGGCACUGGCCUGUGCGACCAGUGUUACGAUAAGUGCGAGAAGAGGUGUCACGGCUGCCAGGAGAGGAUCCCCGCGGGCUCGUUGCGGUGGUUCUCGGGAGUCUGCGACAAGUGCUACGACGUGAAGAAGGCGAACGGGUCGCCGAUCUGCAGAUCUUGCAGGAAAAACAUCCCGGACGAGGAUACUCAUUGGAACACGUCUUUGUGCAAUAAGUGUUACGACGACAUUCCUUUCAAGAUCUGUAAGUUUGACAAUUGUGGCAAACAGAUAGCUUCUUCCCAACUGCAUUGGAGAACGGGUCUGUGUGAUGCAUGCUUCGACCGCUCACAGAAAACUUGCGUUACGUGCAAGGCGGGGAUCGAUUUCGGAAGUCUGCACUGGGGUAGUCAACUCUGUGAUUCGUGUUAUGACCGGUGCGACAAGACGUGUGUCAUUUGUCGUGGCCCAGUCUUAUUGGGCGAGCUCAGAUGGGGGACCAGUCUCUGCGACAAUUGCUACAACGGCUGCAAAACGAACCCUUGCAAGCUGUGCAAAAAGCAGAUCGACAUGAAGGAGCUGUUCUGGAACACAGGGUGCUGCAACUCGUGCUACGACAACCAGACCAGUGCUGAGCAGAACCUCUACGUCGGGGUCGGCGUGAAGCUGAUGAUCUGGGCCCAGUUUGUCUUCUAUUUCGCCUCAGGGAUUCUGCGGCCCGCGAUUUUCCUGGAGCUGAGAUACUCCGGCUACGGCGACGACUCCUCCAGGAUCUACGCCGCGACCCUCAGCGUCGCGAGCCUGGCGGCCAUGGUGGCGCCCGUGCCUUUCGGGCUCUGGGCGCAGCGGAGGGGCGAGCGGGAGGUCUACUUCGGAGUCAGCGGGUGCGCCGCACUAGCCGCCGUGUCCUACGGCGUGUUGCCCAUGACGGCGGUGAACUGCAUCAUCAACUGGGCGAUCCUGAACCUGCCGCCCGCGGUCCGCGGGGUCCGCGCCGCGUACUUCGCCAAGCACGUGCCGCCCAGGCAGCUGAACCGGGCCAGCCAGCUGGCCUCCUCCAGCGGGCUGGCAGGCGGCUUCCUCGGGCCCCUCGGCGCCGCCUUGGCGCAGUCGGCCCUGGGCCGCGGCGAGGGCAGCGUCGUCCGGCCGAGCGCCUUCGAGGCGAGCUCCAUCCUCUCUGCCGUCAUGCUGGUGGUGGUCACGGUGCUCUCGCUGCGGUUCGUGUCGCAGGCGGCCAAGAAGGGCGCCGUGUCCGACAGAG